UCCAUACCUUUCAUCGCAUCUCACGAAAUUAAAGGCACUCUCUGCUGUAACGGAUCAGUCAUUCAUAUGGCACCGGUGCCGGAAGAAUGUCACGAUCGGUGGGCCCAAGGGCAUCAGACAUGAUGAGCCUGGGCGCGAGGACGAGACUGCAUAUCCAAGAUCCAGCCCUUGGUCUGCUGUAUCUGGCCUCGAGGCCUUCUGGAAAUUCUCCACGGCCACACUUGCGGCGACACGAGCAAACACGUGGGGUGCAUCACAGGUGGAGGGCCGUAUCCAUUCUAGAUGACUGGGUGAGCAAAGAGGCCAGGCCCAUCAGCUUGCGCCAGCUCAUGGUGUUCGGGCGCUCUCUGAACGAGCAGAGGCUCAUUAGUUCCGCCAACUAUGUGAGAACAGAACUGCCGAGGAGGCUUGCCCAUCGCAUCCGAGACAUGCAGACGCUGCCAUACUGUGUCGUGGCGAACGAGCAUUUCAAUGAUGUCUAUGAGCUGUACUAUGAGGCUUUCGACAAGUUCAGGAGGGUACCCGAGGUCCGGACCCUCGAGGACAACGACGCCUUCUGCGAGGUCCUUAGUGACAUG